AGGGAAAUCUGAACUCGUAUGUUUGGCUCAACGUGAAUACAACUUUUAAGGUUGUAAUCAAUCGCUUCUGUUUUCCUCCUUCAAACAACAACCAGCUCCUCCAUAUUAUCACCGCGGCUCCAGACGUGAAGAUGUUCAACAGACAGACGAGCCUGUGGAUGGGGGACUUGGACCCAUACAUGGAUGAGGACUUCAUCAAGCAGGCCUUUAGUGCCAUGGGAGAGACGCCAUUUGGAGUCAAGAUCAUUACUCACAGGAUAACAGGUGGUUCUGCAGGAUACUGCUUUGUGGAGCUGGCAGAUGAGUCAAGUGUUGACCGUUCCGUUCAAAGACUGAAUGGAAAACUGGUUCCAGGAUCAAAUCCGCCCCGGAAGUUUAAGCUAAACUAUGCCACCUACGGGAAACGGCCAGAGGCAGGGCCAGAGUUUUCAGUGUUUGUAGGCGACUUGGCCUCUGAGGUGGACGACUUCCAGCUACACCAGGUUUUUAAGAAGUAUACUUCCUGCAAAGGAGCCAAAGUCGUCACCGACCAGUACGGAUACUCCAGAGGUUAUGGUUUCGUCAAGUUCGGUGAGGAGACAGAGCAGAAGAAGGCAAUAGAGGAGUGCCAGGGAACAAUGCUCGGUGGAAAGCCGCUCAGACUCAGUAUUGCUGUGGCAAAGAGCCAGAAGAUGAGCAGCUACCACGGGGGCCAGGGCCAGAAUUAUCACAGCAACUACAACCAGUCUCAGUCCAAUUACUACGGCAGCCAAAGCGGCGGGGGUCAGGGGGGUUACUACCCUCAAUGGGGGGGCUACGAUCAGUACAGUGGCUAUAACAACAGUGGAUACAACAGUGGAUACAACAGUGGCUACAACUACAACUAUGGGCCCUAUGGAUACCCUCCACCAGGCCAAAUGAUGCCACCUCCUCCCACGGGGAUGCCACCUGCGUCCACAGACACUUCAGGAGCUGUAGAGAGCCAUGAGGAGGCUGAGGAUUUAGAGGAGGAUAAUGCAGAAGACCCAACCUCUGCCUGUGACGUGGACCAGUGGAACAAAGACUUCAUGCAGCGCAGCGAGGAGCUGUACGACGCCAUAAUGGACUGUCAAUGGGAAACUCUGGACUCUGUUGACUCCACCAUCACCUUCAUUCCUUGAUAACGUCUUUAUUUUCUCCUCGGAUUCUCCCCAACCCUUGAAUACCUAUCUUUUUCUACGCCCUUAUAGUUUUGAUCUAAAGCUACACUGACGCCUUAUAAAGGCCACCUUAGAUUUACAUGAACCUCUUCAGAUCCUUAAAGUGCAUAAACCUUCACUAGAUUUUAAUGUUUACCAUGUUGGUAAUAUACAGAAGGUGGCUCAAUAAUCAGAGAGGUUACUGUGUGGUUCAUGCCUUUUCAGUAUGCAUUUAUUAGUGUAAGGAUAAAGUGCUGGCAUUGCCCUUUCGGCUGUGGACUGCCAUAGUAGCUGCAGUAAGGUAAACUGAAUGCUGUGUAAAUCUAGCUGCUUUCACUCGUGAACUUGCAUCAACAGAAACAUGUUUGUUUACAGGACAUAAACCUUGGCCUGUAUCAUAACAUUUGCCUAUUUUUCAUCCUGAGAUAAUUUUAUUUUUUUUGUUUUAACCAUGCGUCCUUUGUGUUUAUAAAGUGUUUCAUCAAGGCACCCACCCACUUAAAGGUUUUACUAGGGGCCUGGUAGGAAAAACGCAACUUGUCACUUAUUGUUUGUGGAUCCAUGUUGAAAUGGUCUCACCACUAGAUGUUAACUUUGCUCAGUGAAUAUGGCCCAAGCUCUUUCGGUAGUAAAUGAAAACUAUGCCUUUAUUGUCAUUUGCCAUGAACUAUAAUAGAUUUUGAAAAGUGUCAGUCAUUCUUGUUUUUUUAAUUUUUAAUGAAGGAACUGUCCUGGGCUUGUGAAUUUUAAAAUUUUCUCAGAUUUAACGAACAUUAUCUGGGUCAAGUUGUGUAAAAAAAACAUUGACACAUGUUGAUAUUGAGUUUACCAAACCGGUAGCAAACCGAAGUAUAAUUUAUGACUGUUUUUCCAGACAAGGAACUUUCUUUUCUGUUUAACAGCUGAAUGGUACAACCUCCCAAAUCUUCUAAGCGCUGUGAAACUGUGUCAUGAUUUUGUGAGGUAGACAGUUGAAUCGCUGUAGCAGAUGUUUUGUAUGUUUUCUUUGUGAAGACAUUUUAUGGGGGAAAAAGGGAGGCAAUGGUUUUGUGUCUUCUUUUUUAGAGAAGUAAAGACUAAUGUGUUUCUCUUGA